AUGAUUUUGGCUUCGUUCCGAUGUCAGGUUAACUUAUUUAGUUCCAUUUGUUCAACGAUCGCUGGUCACAAGAUAACGACCACACAUGUGUGCGCGGCAUACCAGGUUCUAAUGACAUUCUCUAUUCAUUUGACAGAAUGCAUGGCCGGGAUGUGCCCGACCAAACCACUGCGAAUAUCGGAGUUGAACCCACACCUCUUGUGUGCUCUCUGUGGAGGCUACCUGAUCGAUGCUACUACCAUUAUCGAAUGUCUCCACUCAU